UUGGCUUGGGCAAGCUGCAGCCAUUUUGCCUCAGGCAGUGGUCCCGGUUUUGGCCGGCGGUGUGCAACACAUGGCCAUAGGAUGAUGCAGCAUCCCGGCCUCAAUUGUCAGGGCUCUCACGCUUGGGGCGGAGGGCAGUGCCAAUGGGAGAUGAUGCCGCCUCACAUCGCGUCGCGUGAGCUGCAUGGCAAGAGCCUCUCACCCAGUGUGCCAAGCGAAAAUCUGUUGGAGAACUUCCGCAUCGGGACCAUGCUGUCAGGAACUGCGAGGGCAGAUUACCAGUCUGCCCUGGAGCAGGUGAACGCAGAGAGCCCAAUGCACGUGCAGAACCCCUAUAUGCCGCAUGCGGACCCACUGGCAAUCCCUGGCUUUUCUGGAAAUUGGGCAGAAGUGGCGGGCAUGCCGGCCAUGCAGGAAGAGGUGGAUCCGCAAGAGCAACAGCAGCGCAUGGCGCAGAUGGUCCAAGUUUUGCAAGCCCUCACAAAGCAGCAGGGCUUGAAUGGGGAGUGGUACCAGCAAACUUUGGCAGAGAUUUCAAAGCGGAUGCCAGGCUUUGAUGCGACCAUGGCUGAGAUGGGCCUUCCAGACUACGAGCCGGAUGCGGGCUCGGGCACUGGAACCGCCUUUCCACUGCCCGUCUCUGCCUCAAGCCCUGUCCUGGGUGCACCAUGCACGGGCGCGACAUCUGCAGAGCCUGAGCCGGACGACCGGAUCGAGGAGCUGAGUCGCUAUAUCCGCCAGCAGGCCCACGAGUAUGUGGAGGGGCAGGCAGAAUGGAGCCGCCAAAUGGCAGAAGUACGAAGUGAAAGUCUUCGGGAAGUUGACAAGCUGCGAAGGGAGAAGCAAGAGUUGGAACAUCAAGCGCGAACAGAGUUGGCACGCCUGAGGCAUCGCAUCAAGGAGCUCGGCGGGGAUGACACGGAUGUGUCAUCCGAGGCGGCGCCCUGGGCGCAACUGGUGCCUUUGGAGGAGCACGUCUCCGUGACAAAGCGCUGCGCCGCCGCGGAGGAACGGGUUCAGCAGCUGGAGCAGUACAUCAAGGCUGGCGACACCCUGGGUGCGUUGCGCCCGGCCUUGGUGGCGAUGCAGUCGGAGCUGCAGCAAGCGGCCAAAGAGCUCUCCGCCCUGCGCCUGCACCACCAGCAGAAGCUGUGCAUUUGGGAGGAAGGCGCCAGACGUCUCCUGAAGACGGCGGAGGACUUCGGGCCCAAAGUGGCGGACGCGGAAGGCGACGCCAAGGCGAAGACGCCUUCUCCAAAUGGGCGCGCCGAGGUCGAGUCUCAGUCUCUCCAAGGCAUGCCAAAGGAUGUCUUGAAGGACCAAAGAGAGGACGAUGAGUGCAACGAGGGCCCGGACGGCGAUGUGAAAAGCGCUGGCCAGGUUCGUCCUGAGGCCCAGUUUGCGGCCAGCUGCGCGGAAGAGCUGCGGCUGCUGCUGGGCGCCAGCCGGCAGCUGCAGUCUCCGCCCAAGGUGCAGCUGCCCUUGGCCAAGGCGCUGGCAGGAGCAGAGGGUGAGGAGGCCAUCUAUGCGACAGCCCUGGCCAGGGAGAGUGCAGCUGCACUGCACCGGGUCCUGGAGGACCUCGCGCCGGCGCGGCGGAGCGCGGCGGAGCGCAUGGCCGCGGCGGAGCGGGCGCUGCGGCAGCUAGACCGGGAGCUGCGGCUCCAGUGCCAGGCCCUCUGGGGUGAAGCCGAGCUCGACGACUCGGAGCUGCCCGGGAAGCUGCCGCUGGACGAGGAAACGCAGCGGAGGUGUCUGCGCAAUGUGCGCCAGGCGCAGCAAAGCUCCAGCCAGGUCUUGGCGGAGUUUGUGCUGCUUCCACAGAAGCUGAAGCUGCUGUUUGACCUCACCAAGCGCCUGAGUGCGGAGCUUGAAGCCAGAUCUGUGUGAGUCGAUACAGUUUUAUUGGGCUGCCUCCAGACCGACGCAAGGUCAUUC